AUGAUUCGGCAGGAUUUCCAUAGGAUCGAUCCUAAACGGAGGACGACGCUUGAUCACAAGAAGAAGCAGUUCGCAACACCGAUAUUCAAACAACAGGAUUACCCGUUUCGAUUGAAUUUCUAUGGUGUCCCGCCAACGGCAGAGAUUACGCUGGAGGAAUUUGAGCAAUGGGCUAUCGACAGAUUAAAGAUCCUGGCCGAAAUCGAGGCCUGCUCUUAUCGAAACAAGACGCCCCCUGAGACCGAAGAACACAUCAAGCCUCUCCUCCAGAAGUUCCUACCUCUUUCAUCGAACACGUCCUCGUCGAUUGGACCCUCAGAUGCGCGAUUGAAGAAGGAACGCCAAAAAGACCACUACUCGCAUUUCAUCCUUCGUUUGGCAUUCUCGGGUACGGAGGACCUCCGUCGGCGAUUCGCACGGGCUGAAACUAUGCUUUUCCGGUUCCGUUUCCAGCAUGACGAUUCCAGGGAGAGACGUGCAUUUAUCGAGAGCCUGAAUCUUGAUUGGGAGCCUGUCAGUGACGAGGAAAGACGCGCGCUGUCUGAGAAACUGGUACAGGCAACACCGGGGUUGCGCCGGGCUGAUGAGGAAACUUGGUAUAAGGUGAAUUGGGAAAGAGUUCCUGAAUUGGUUGAGAAGCGGAGCAUCUUCCUUUCCAAGGGAAAGGCAUACGUUCCUGGGAGGGAGCAGUUGAGUAUGGUCAUUGCGGAGUUCACAGCUAGACUGGAACGUGCGCUCGAACUCACGAGUCGAGCCCUACCGCGCUUGGACGAAGACGACCGUUUGACCCCGAUCCUAAACCACCUCUCGAAGAACUUUGGAAGUGCCGAGUCAGUGUAUUCGGAAAGCGAGGGAUUUGUUGACGGUGCUCCAAUUACUGCUGGCAGCAUUGACCACCUCUCUCAACAUUUCCCCCUUUGUAUGCGUAGCCUACAUUUGUCAUUGCGCAAGAACAACCAUUUGAAGCAUUUUGGUCGACUUCAGUAUACCCUGUUCCUCAAGGGGAUUGGUCUGUCGCUCGAGGAAUGUAUUCUUUUUUGGCGCCAAUCUUUCAAGGGUUUAACAGACGACGAGUUCAAUUCCCGAUACAAAUACAACGUCCGGCACGCUUAUGGUGAUGUUGGUGGUGAUGUCAAUCGCAGAGGUCGCGGAUACCCUCCCUACUCGUGCCAGAAGAUCCUCGGCGACACCAACCCUAGCGCUGGCCAGACGCACGGUUGCCCAUACCGUCACUUCUCUGUCGAUAACCUCACCAACCUCCUCCAAGCCACGGGUGUCAACGACAAGGAAGUGUUACGAGGAGUGCGGGAAGACGUUGGCAAGGCACGCUACCAUAUUGCUUGCAACAGAGUCUUCGAGUGGGCGCACAAAUCGGAAAUCAAGAAAGUCAAGGAUGACGGAACAUGGAACCAGACGGAUCUCGACACAAUCGUCCACCCCAACACCUAUUUCAAGCGCAGUUACCUCUUGAAGCAACUGGGAAGAAAUCCUCCGCCUCAGAAUGCUUAA